CGAGUUUUUGAGUCUUCACAGCAACCUAAUAACGCAGAUGAUCAGCUGGAGUUGGUAUUUAUCGGCCAACUUUAGCUGUUUGUUUCACGGAACUUUACUCAAGUUCGGUUGCACAACAGCAGUGGUUCCGGGUCAAGUAUGGCAAUGACGGGCCAGAGCUCCUGCUCCUCCAUGAGUAACCACACCAAGGAGCGGGUCACCAUGGCCAAAGUGACCCUGGAGAACUUCUACAGUAACCUCAUCGCCCAGCAUGAGGAGAGAGAGAUGAGGCAGCAGAAGCUGGAAAAAGUGAUGGAUCAAGAAGGCUUGGCUGAUGAAGAGAAACGUAUCCGGCGUUCUCAACAUGCAAGGAAAGAAACAGAGUUUCUCCGUCUGAAACGCACUCGACUGGGUCUUGAAGACUUUGAAUCUCUGAAGGUGAUUGGCAGAGGAGCAUUUGGCGAGGUCCGACUGGUACAAAAGAAAGACACCGGCCAUGUUUAUGCCAUGAAGAUUCUUCGCAAAGCUGACAUGUUGGAGAAGGAACAGGUCGGCCACAUCCGUGCUGAGCGAGACAUUCUGGUGGAAGCAGACAGUCUGUGGGUGGUGAAGAUGUUCUACAGCUUUCAGGAUAAGAUGAACCUUUACCUCAUCAUGGAGUUUCUCCCUGGAGGAGACAUGAUGACCUUGCUCAUGAAAAAGGACACCCUGACAGAAGAGGCCACCCAGUUCUACAUUGCAGAGACAGUGUUGGCUAUUGACUCUAUCCACCAGCUCGGCUUCAUCCACAGAGACAUCAAACCGGACAACCUGCUGCUCGACUCCAGGGGACACGUGAAGCUGUCAGACUUUGGUUUGUGCACCGGCUUGAAGCGGGCUCAUCGUACUGAGUUCUACAAGAAUCUGAACCACAGUCUUCCCAGUGACCUCAGUAAGCAAACCUUCCAGAACAUGAACUCCAAGAGGAAAGCUGAGACCUGGAAGAGGAACCGCAGGCAGCUGGCCUUCUCCACAGUAGGAACCCCAGACUACAUAGCUCCAGAGGUCUUCAUGCAAAACGGAUACAACAAGCUCUGUGAUUGGUGGAGCCUGGGUGUCAUCAUGUAUGAAAUGCUGAUAGGCUAUCCUCCAUUCUGCUCGGAGACGCCCCAGGAGACUUACAGGAAGGUCAUGAACUGGCGGGAGACAUUGACCUUUCCUCCUGAAGUGCCAAUAUCGGAGAAGGCUAAAGACCUCAUUCUCAGGUUCUGCUGUGAGGAGGAGCACAGGAUCGGCGCUGCAGGUGUGGAGGAGAUCAAAUCCAAUGGUUUCUUUGAGGGGGUGGACUAUGACCACAUCAGAGAGAGACCAGCUGCCAUCCCCAUUGAGAUCAAAAGCAUUGACGACACGUCUCACUUUGAUGACUUUCCUGAUUCCGACAUCCUGCAGCCCUCUGCCACCCUGGUGCCCAAUCACUCUGAGGCUGACCUGAAGAACAAGGACUGGGUCUUCAUCAAUUACACCUACAAACGAUUUGAAGGCCUCACAGCCCGAGGAGCCAUACCGUCCUAUAUGAAGUCUGGGAAGAGAUGAGCAGCUGCUCCUUCUGGUCUUUAGACUGGAAACGCCCAUCAGGAAAACUGAUUGUAUUUGAACUCUCUCCAAGGAGUGUCCCUCCUCCACCAGUAGAUCCAUGCCUGUAUUCUCCAUGAUCCAGAACACAGUGGGCAUUCCCUUCCUCAUCACAAGGCUAAACAUCCUGUUUUCCAUUCCACAGUUUGAACAGCACUUCACUUCCAGCUUCUGCACUUUGUGCUGCCUUCAGACUGCUUUCCACAACCAGCACGCUUUGCUGUUUCAAAUAAAGGGCUAUCGUCAUUCCAACUCAGGAUUCCAAACUCUGCCCAUUUCCUGUCUGAUGUGAGCUGUCCUUUGGAGUGACAUUUGGGUAGCGUUCAGGGAUUUUGUAGAAGCUUGCUUUUCCAACCACAUCACUCCUGAAGAGUUCUGCUGUUUGUUUCCAAACCAAAGACCAAAUGAAUCCCAGUCGCAGUCGCACACAUUUCUGCUCGAGCUGCACAGCAGAAUAAGACUGAAAUUAUCACUCAACUCCAGAAUGUCUCUUAAAAUAUUUUUGUAAAAUUGGGGAUCUUGUAUGUCAGCGAAGCAUACUGUGGAAAAACUAAAUGUGACAGUAGUCUGCUUAUAUUAAGUUCUUAUGCCAUCAAAAAAAAAAAACCUACAGUCCUAUCCAAAAACUCCUUCUGCUGUGUUUUGGCAGUACCUCAGAAAUUGACAAAAGUAAGCUCCUGGUCCAAAGUGGAGAUUUAAUGAAGAAUUUUUAAACUGAUAUUGAAUUGUUUCAGUCCUUUAGUUUUGUUUGGUGAAGCAGCAUUUGAGUUCCUCAAAAGGAACUCUUUCCAAUCAGUCAUGCAGGAGUUGUUAGAGAAGCUUUUGUUCAAACACAUGGUGGAGCUAUUAAUGUAAUUGUGUAUGUAGAGGCGUGCGCAGAUGAACAUGUUAAUCUAAGCAGCCACAGUCACUUCAGACCCUGUGGUUUGUGUUUCCUGGACGAUUCCAUUCAGGUUGCAGCUCUGAGCUGGCUGACCUGAAGAGGACUGAACAUCAUUCUGAGUAGCGUCUCAGAUGUGGGUUUGCCCCAGUACGUGAUCUGUGUCAAAUUAUCAAAGUUAGUCUGAGGCAUUUCACCAGCAGCUCCCGUCACCAGCCAGUCUGAGCGCUGUCUUUAAACCCGCUGUAUGUAGCACCAUCGCUGCCGGUAUACAUUCUUGUGUUUGCCUCGGUCUCUGUGUAUCCAUUUAUUUAUUUUAAUUUUUUUUAGCCUUUCUUAUAGCGAUAGUGAGGAAGAGACAGGAAACGGGGUGAGACAUGCAGCAAAGGCUUACCCUGUUUGGGAUUCGAACCUGGUGACACUGCAAGCUGCAUUCUGCAGCAUGUGGUAUGUGUCCACCACAAUCUACCACCUCAUCCAAUUCUUGUCAAACGUGGCACAAACACUGAGCCCACACUUGGGAAGAAGGGACUUAAUAUUGGUUAGUGAUCAGUCUAAGGGCAGAGGUUCAGGUCAAAUCUCCUGUUCUGUGCUAAUAUAUAGGAAAAUGGCUAAUUUUAUAAAAAUAAGUUCAGAUGUUUUAUUCAUUGUUAUUGACCUUGACUGUAACAUUUCCAUUACGUCUCAUACUUUGAAAGUUGGGUGUGGCAUCACUGUGCUAUUUGUUCGAGUUUUUGGUGUUUUUAUUUUUUGAGUGGGCCAAAGGUUUGUCUAAAUUACAGAAAA